GCUCCAAUCUGUUUCCCAAUAUAGAUUUGCUAUCUGUUACAACUUCUGUCCUAUCAACAACGCCGUCAUAUGUGUCUCGUGAGGCAACUGUGAGACAAUCUUUCCAACUGCACAAUUUAACUGUAUACAUGCCAGUCGUCAUGUAGGAGUGGUCGGGGUAUGGCCUGUCUUCUCAGUGACCGAACAGAGAAAGACAAGUGCAUCUGUUGGACCGCUUAUAAAUCCUUUGAAAGAUCGUGCACAGAACCUAAUAUCAUUUUGUUCCAUACAAAAGAAUCAACUUUUACCGAAAAGGAUAAAUAUAAGAAGCGUUUAGUACUUCGGGAGUUUGAAAAGCGUGUGUCUGCAUUGCGCAAUACCGAGGGUGGUAUUUUGUUUAUUCACAUUACUGACCGAACAAAUAACAAUAGCAACCUAUCAGAAUUUGACCAGUUUGUUGACAAAAGUUUGAAAAGUUUGAUUGCUGAUGGUUGUUCAUUUGUGGAGUCCUACUCUCGAAAGUGGCUCAGUCUUCAACAUAAUAUCCUGAUUUUAACGGUUGCCAAAGGAUCGUGUGUCUCCUCUGUGAGUCUCAACACCAAGGUGUGCUCAGAUCAUGGAAUUGAGUUUCCAUCAACGUUUGAACUGACCAGAUUUGUUUCAAAAGGACAACUUGAUGAGAGUGAAGCCACAGUGAGGCCAGAGCCUCGUCCUUUCCACCUGAAAAGCCAAGACUGGGUGGAAGACAGACACAUUCAACUUAAAGCCUUUUUUGAACCCACCUUUCGUACGUAUUGUGAAGGACACAAACACAAUCGGUCUGAUAAGAACUUUGUUGACUACGUUUGGAAUAACCUACGUUUUCGGGAAUACCUAUCAGGUAUGUCCAAAGUGCCACGUGGUGGCUCAUAUUAUGUUGGAAUAGCUGAGUGGAAAAAACAAGUUGUCCCAGAUGUUCAUGGAAUUCAUUUGAAGGGUUCAAAGACGGACAUCACAAAACUCUUCAAGCAGAAACUGACCACUGUUACUGUUUACAGUUUUGAUGACAAAUUCAAAAGCGGACAAAAGGAGGAAAAUAUCAUUGAAAUCCAAUUCCACAAUCUGAAGACAGGAAAUUCCGUUCUUGAACUUGCAGUUAAACAUGUAAAGGGCAUAGUUUUCUAUGACAAUGGUCCACUUGCAUACAAAAUAGAUGAUAAAUCUAAAAUUGUAAAAAUUGCUAAAGAUCAGUGGAUGAACAAAGUGAGAUCCUGGAGGUUGAAAUAGGCAGGUAUAUAACGAAGGUAUUUGGUGGCUGUGGCAACUGCCUGCUGUGUUACUAGGUUCACCUUGACUUAGUUGCAUUGUAUGGCAUUUUGAACAGCUUCAUAAACAUUCCAGUUCUUUUAUGGUGUAAAGUGAUUGGAUCCUGACUACAAUGAGUGAUUCAGAUUCCUACCUGUCUUAUCCAUCGGACGAAGAAGACAUGCCUUGCUGUCCCUUUGACCUGGACCCCAUGAGUUCAGAAUCAUCUGAUGAAAGUCCCGGCGAUGUGUCAUUCAAAGAUCUAAAGGGGCAAGCGGAUGCACAUUUCGAAAAUCCUGAUACGAGUUACUUGGAUAAAUUGCAGUCAAGACAAAGAGGUGCCUGUGUCUUUUUCCCACUGAAGCUGACAAACUACUUAUCAGACAAUCAUCAGUGUAUAAUUGAUGGUUUGGAGGAUUUGGGUUAUGACCAGUCUUUCGUGUACAUCGGGAGGUCUCUUGUUGUCAGCCUGAACGUGGACAAUGACAGAAUCAAAGUACCCAAACAGCUUAUAUGCGAUACCAUCAUAUUUGCACACAACAGACCUGUUACUGUUCUCAGUUUUGUGAGAACGAAUGACAAACCAGAGAAGUAUGCCUUGUACAAUUCACUUCUAUCGAGGCACAUUACAAAGAUCAUGCGGACAUCACUGCAGGAAAAUAUCAGUGUCAUAAGUGGAGUUGUUGAAGAGCAAGGUGAAAUCAAGAAAAGAAUUGAAGAGUUUGAAGACAGGGCAACAUUGUUUAGCAUAGCAGGAUCCCACGAAAUGAACGCAUCACGGAGUAGAGCUGCAGCAAAAUCAAUCCUGCAGACAGCCGCUGAAUGUAAAGCAGCAUCUUUGAUAGACACAGGACCUGAAAAGGAAGGCACUGUACGCACGUUGAGCGAACUGGAAUUUAAACAGAUGAUCGAUGUGAUUGACGAUGCAGGCGUUUGUUACCAGCCCUCCAUCACCUUUCAGAACAACAGGGUGGCUCUAGAAUCUACAGUCUUGAGGAAACACUAUCCAAAGUUGGAUAUUGGACCAGUCAUUGUGUCAAGUCUUCCGGUAGCAGGUGACAAAGAUUCGCUGAAUAGUGAGAGAAGCGUGUCAGUUUCAGCUUCAGUUUCAGAUUCCGAGUCAAUCAUUUUUAAAAAUCAGGAAAUGAGUCCAUGCAAUACGAACGCGCCAAACCCAAGAAAGGCUAAAGCGAGCUCAGUCAAUGUUGGACAAAGUGAACCCAAAAUUGAUGCAUGCUUCAACUGCGAUAUGAGUAGCAGCCCUUCGUCUUAUCCUGUGUCAACAGAAAUCUACCACUAGACAGCAUAAAAGAUACAAAUCCACCAAGAACAUCGAUGUUAGAGGUCCUUUGGAUACAAGAACCGCCGAUGAUGUUUACAUUCCACUCAAUGGGAAUGACAUUUGAAAACAUUUUAUACAUGUAGCAUCAUGUUGAUUCGUCUCAGUUUUCAAGAAUGUAGUGAUAGUACUCGAAACUUGUCAUGAGUUUUCACUUUGACUGGCGGUCAGAAGAAUUUGAAGUAUUAACAAUCAAACUUAACACACACUUGAAAGACGUUUGAAAAUAUCAGGACAAGACUAGAAUAUAUUAAUAAAAUACUUACAAACCUGCGAAAGGGAAGAAUAACUUUGAUAGGUAAAUUUGUAACAAUAAUAAAGACCCUUGCUGGAAGUCAUAUAUAGCCUGAACCGAACUUUCUUCAAUUUUAUAUGGAAUACAAAGGAGCUAUAAGCCAACGAUCUAACGUGAUAAAGGAAAACAGAGAAGGUGGGCGUUGUUUAUAUGAAAAUAUCAAACUUAAGAUGCAGCCUUCGAAACCUAAUAUUGAAAGUCCAAAGAACUCAAAUAUACUGAGCAGCAAAAGAAACGUCGUAAUAUUGGAAAUGACAUUUAAGUAUCAAUGGAGUAAUGGAACCUAUUUUUUAUAAGAUAUGCACCCGAAGUCAGAUUUCAGGAAACAUAAAUCAUGGUCGUAUAGCCUGUUUUGCCCAAUAAAGUAUUGUUUGAGAUUGAGGUUAGAAAUGUUUUUGUUUGUGGAAAGGGAAGAGUUAGCACAAACACAAAA